AUGUACAACUGUAAUUUCACAAGGAUGUUAACUUUCAUAACCUUAAUAAUAAAAAAAAAAAGACCUAGACUGUGCAGGACAGCACUCAAGAUACUUUGAUAGAUUCAGACCCCACAGAGGGGUGUCCCAAAUCGGCAACAGUCCCAGAGCCCAAGACCUGUUCAUUGAGUUUGGCCCACUUUCCGUUCAACACAGCUCGUGCUGGGGACGAAACAGCCCAUCAUGGACAGUUUCAGGUUUCAGCUUAGAGUUAAAACUGAUCAAUUAGGAUUUGUGGGUUUGGGGUCCAAAAAAAAGUCAGUGGCUUUUUUGCGGCAGCAGGAAAGGCAUGGCGCUACAAGGCCAGACAGCGGGGGGUCCAAGUCCAAGUGACAAGCAAUGCUUUCCUAAUCCCAUUCUUCCUUGUCAGCCUUAGAGUCCCUCCCACUUGACGCCUGAAAAACACACCUCAGGUCGGAUAAUCAUCAGCCUCUAAGGGUCAGACACAUGAUUUCACAAGAGCUCAUUAGCCAACUGUAGGGGGUUCGAGGGAUUGGAGGCUGACCCAGGAAGAAGAGAUGACCAGGAGAGGCAGCAACACAACACAAGCUUUACUGGGUGGUGCCUCAAAAGGGUUGUAUUAGAGGGGAGUCCCUCACAGCAUGAAAUCAUCCUGGGGUUUAAGGGUCAGGAGGGCACAAUCAGAAGGGGAGUGCUAUGGUCUGAAUGUUUCUGUCCCGUCAAAUGCAUAUGUUGAAACCCUAACCCCCAAAGCUGAUGGCAUUAUGAGGUGGGGCCUUUGGGAGGUGCUUAAGUCAUGAAGGUAGAGCCCCCAUGGAUGGGAGUCAUCCUGUAUAAGAGGCCCCAGAGAGAAUCCCCAGCCCCUUCCACCCUGUGAGGACACAGUGAGAAGGUGACGGCUAGGGACAAGGAGGAGGGCCCUCACCCCACCAUGCUGGUGUUUUCAUCUUGGAGUUCCAGCCUCCAGAAUGGAGAGAAAUAAAUUUCUGUUGUUUAUAAGCCACCCAGUCUGUGGUAUUUUGUUACAGCUGCCAGAUCGAGCUAAGGGGGGAAGGCAAGGGAGCUGUUGGGAGAGAGGCAUCGGAGAGGCAGCCCACAUGUCAAAGCAAUGUCGUUCAGCAGCUCGGGGAGUGGCCUGGGGUCUUAGGACCACAAGGCUGUAUCUUAUCUAUUCUUAGCAGAUGUGGGUUGACUUUUGGCAGGUUGUAAAAGGCCAAAAGUCCACUAGUACGAGCACUGUGUGAAACAAUCGGACAUAUGUGAAAAUUUGGGUUGGGGCUUGGCAGGUUUUUAAGCCAAAAGGACUCAGACUGCUGUCAAGAAAUAUACAACCUAGGGUCCCAUACACACAGGUCAUCCAUCUUUGGCUCGCUUGUAUAACACGACCUGAACGCUGCUUUUUAAAGCUCUACAAGUCUGUCUCUAUGUGGAGACUGCCUCUCUUUCCCAUGUUGUCUUCCUUUUUCCAGGGGCUCCAAUAAGCAAGAAUCAUCAGAAGACUUGUUCUGUUUCCAAUCCUCAGAGAGUUUACACGAGAGAGAGACUGGUUGAGACUGACUUUAACGCCACAAUUCCUACCGGGGUAACGUCCCUAAAGGAGAGUAAGGCUCGUGGAAGUCCCUAGAAUCCAGGCCUCCCUGUCUAAGGCAAGGAGGGGAGGCAGACUGCUAACAAGGCUUGCAUGUGGCUCGUUUAAAAAGGCACAUUUCAUCCAAUGGUCCCCGUGCCAUUUUUAGCCUCUAAGGACACGUUCCCUGGCGUGCCCUUAGCCUUGGAGCACUACAGAAUGAGAUGUCACCAGACAACAAAGACUCUCCUUUGCUGCUUGUCCUGCAGUGUGCAGGUGGCUUCAUGGCAGAGAGAAGGCCUCCCUCCGGGGUGAGGCUCUGGGCCCCAUUGCGGCUCUACUUCUUCCUCAGGGUGAAAGCUGGGCCCGUGACUCCACCUGCCAUGACCAAGGCUGGGCCUUUCCAGGUACCUGCCCAGGGACUGUGCUGAAGAGCAAAUGGCACAGACUCUCAGAGCAUUCGCACAGCCACUAUAACGCAGGAGCCCUCCAUGACUGCUCUUAUCAUUGCUGCUACAAUGCACAGCUGUGUUCAAGGACGCUAAACCCCAUGCACCUCCUGGUGACACAGAACUUCCUUCAUUCCAACAUGUAUACUUGGGACCGGGUUCACAUCAUGGUCUCUGCCAUGCUCAGGGUCCUCCUUCCUAGUCUGGAGGGGGAGACAGACACACCCAACAUCACAGUGGGGCAGGGGCACUCCGACUGGGACUGGACAUGGCAGCUAGGCUAUGGGAACCCCAAGUAAGGAGCUGUGAGGGGGACCUGGUAUAGGAGGAAGGCCUUACUGAGGAGGCCUUGGAGAGGGACCAUGACAAGCUGAGUGGCAUCUGGACAAAGAGCAUUGCCAUAGAGGGGGCAGCAGGAGGACACUUCCUAACAGGAGCUCCCCGCGUGUCAGACAAUAGCCCCAGGGGCCCAGUGGAGCCAGCCCGUGGCUGGAGCCCAGGAGAUGGUGAGCAAAAGCGGCUGCAGGGCCUCUGGGCUGGUGGACACCUGAGUGGGUAAGAGGAGUGCAGUGGCCAAGAGGCUGGAAAGGGCAGGCCUUGAUGUCACCAGGGCCUGUGUCUGAGCCAUGGCUGAGAAAAGACCCCUUGGGUGCGAGGCAAACCAACUGCAAGGUCAUGGCUGGUGCCCGAGGGAGGGAGGGCAGUAAGGAGGCUCCCACCAGGAUCCAGUUGGUGAGGGGGGCCAGAAGGAGGGGGAGGCACAAAAGGUCACACAGCCAGGCUUGCCCCUUGGCGGCCCCAGGCCUUAGGCCUCACAGGCCAAAACUAGGCACUUUCUCCAUGGCUGCAGGCUACGCAGAACCCACAGCAAGUCCAGACUGAAAUCACUUUCCCUUUGGGGUGGCUGUCCUCAGAGGCCAAUCAGCUGUGCUCUGCUAGAGUCACCUGACUGUGGGGCUUUGGUCCAUAAGGCAGCGACACCUGUGGGUCAUCUCUAGGGCCUCUGGAGCACUGAAGAGCCAACCAAUCAUUUCUCUCAAAGGGUCGUGAGCACAGCAGGUAUCUAAUAAAGAUUGUCAAAAUGGUGGCCACAGGGCCCAGGGUUGAAAAUCUGGGAAUGAGAAGGCUUAGUCGACAGAAGCCGUUUCCACAACGCCUUUCAUCAACUACACUGAAGUCAGCAUUGUGAGUAUUCCAUCUUCAGAGGACAAGAUGAGCCUCAUGUCCUAGAAUCUCAACCCUAGCAGAAAUUCGGUGACUCCUAAAACAAGGAACAUGAGCUAACGGGCCUACAUAAGACUUAGGAUGUAAGAGUGCCUAGAUCACAUCAAGUAAAUACUGGUUCUCUGCAGGAUGCCAGACUGUGGUUUUCUAAGACAUUUUCUCCUCUCCCACCAAACAGCCCAAUCCCUUUGUGUAAGUCAUCAGCCGAGUUCAUGAGCUAGCACAGGCCACAAGGAAAUUUCAUUCUCAGUCUUUACAGAACUCACUGAGGCAAAAUACUCUGGUGUACAACUGAAGGAAGCUGGCUGUUCAUCCAAAGGCUCUAGGAGCCCCCUUCUGAGAAGCCACCAAUGGCCGCCAUUUAAAUUCUUAGCCUCUGAGGGCAUGUCCCUACAGGAUAAACUGACUUCUUCAAUGAACACUAUGGAAACCUGUUUAGAAGCACAAAGACCACAGACCAAGCCCAAAUGUAGACCUGGGGGCUCCAUUAAGGAUUGCAGUCCCCAGACUGAAAGGUAACAUGGGAGAUUCUCUUUCAAACACUCUUUGCACUCCCCAUUUACAAACAAAGAAUUGACCCUCAGAGAGGGCAAAUGACCCUACUCAGUGGCAGCCAGAACAAGGACCUAGGAUCCUUGAAGGCGGGGCCUUCCCAUGGUACCACUCUAUCUCCAGAUGCAGAGUGAAUAUUAAGAAUGAAGUUGUCCACAACAGCUAGAGAACACAUAUCACCAAAUUCACUGUCGUAUCCUCUCCUCUGUGGUGAGGAUGACUUUCACUUGGGUUUUAUCCCAUUCCACAUCCAGACUCUCAUCUAUUUUUACAUACACAAUGAUGGGUAUCUUCGGUUGGCAUCCUUUACUCACGUCCAGCUAAACGAGUAGGAAUUUUCCUUGGGAGUGAGUCUGUGUAAAGGAGGCCCUUUGAAAAGUAUCUAACCCCAGAGCAGACAAAAUAUUCAAUGGACCUACCAUCCAGGUAAUGGCAGGGGAGGGACACAUUGGUGGGGGGUGGGGGUGGGCUUGGAGCAAGGAGAGCAGGGCUGGCUCAGGGGCGUAGGUGAGUGAAAUGCUUUGUCUCAACAGAACAGAAUAGGUGCUGAACUCCCCAAAUUAAGGAAUUAAAAGGGGAAGUACCAGAGGAGAUCCAAUUUGGAAGUGGGAGGCCAGAAAUCUGGGAGAGCAGAGGCCAAACCACUCUAGGGAAGAAAGGAAACAGGGCUUCAGAGGCAGCCUUCAGGGAGGCUGUAUCCAAGCAGCUGGGGAAGGUGAUUUGAAAAGGGCAGAUGCAGAUGUUCCCAAAGAGAGCCCGUCCAGGGCAACCAGAAGUUUCUAUGGGGAAGAAAUGGAAACUAAAGACAAUCGCACUGUUAUCUGGAGAGGGAUGAGAUUUGGGGGCAAGCAGAGCUCAAGAGGAGACUCCUUUCCAAGCACAGUGGAAAAUACGGCCAUCCACUGCCACACCGGUGCUGUGGGUAACACUAUCUGAUAUGCUUUGGGUGACACUGAGGUUGAGGAACAUCAGAAGCACUCCCACUGUGCCCCAUCACAGCACUACUCUGGGGACAACUUGAGCCACGAGCAAGAAAACAGGAAUGCUUGUUUGGGCCCAUCGGUGCAGGACCAACCAACUGGCAGGAGCAGCUGGAAAAGACCAAAGCAGGAAGUGGGGGUGGGAGGAAGGAGGGGGCUAUCAACCUAGACUAGGGAAAUCUGCCUGUUAGGGACCACUGUCUGCUGGGAGGCACGGUACCCCAGGGGCCCAUCAGACCCGCCUAGUCUUGGUGGGAACCAAGCUAGGACUAACCAGAGCCUGGCCCUUGAGCACAUCAGAGGGGUCAGCAACAGGCCCCCUCCCCGUCUUUAGGGGUGGGAUUGGAGAUAGGAUCAUGCUUUCUCAACCCAUCCAGGGCCUGGACUCAUGAAACAAUGUGCCUGGCGACUGAUGGGAGCCUUUUCUGAGAACAUGAAUCACACGUUUAUCUCCUUUUAGAAAAGAGAGAAGCUGGGACCCUGCACCCCUCCCCUCCUCCACACUUGGCCAGGGCUCCCUCUUCAGACCAGCUGUGAGCCACCCUUGUGACAUCAUGUGACAACUUAAGAGAACGAUGACGUAAGCAGCUGGUUGCCCCACUACCGAGACUCCAGAAUUUUGUGGACAGUAUUUACCGGGCAUCCCCACCCUGACCAAAGGCAUUUCUGACCUGAGAGUUCAGGGAUACGAUCUCAGAUAGAAAAUGUUCUUGACCUAGACUAGCUCCAUGACUAGUCAGAGUACCAACCAGAUAUAUCAAGUCAAGCAGGCCCCAUCAGGUGACCGAGAGCUAGCAACAGGGGUCCCAUCUAAUUCAUCCCUGGAUCCAAAUUUGGAUUCAAGGGAGAUUUUGGAGACCCACAGUGACCAAGCCAUGAGCCAAGAUCCAGGCCCCUGAGACAACCAGCGACCACAGGACCCAAACCAAGCCGCCAUCCACAUGGAAGAAAACAAUCUUCUCAGGCUCUCCUUCCCAAGAAAGCUUUGGAUGGUAGCUGAGGACGACGCUUUCACGUCUGCACGCUGGAAUGACGAGGGAGACAUCGUGAUCAUUGAAGAGGAUCUUUUCCAAAGGGAGAUUCUUCACCAGAGAGGCCCAAGGAGAAUUUUUGAAACAGACAGCUUGAAGAGUUUUAUCCGCCAACUGAACCUCUACGGCUUCAGCAAAAUACGUCCAAACGACCCUUCGCUUCACUCUCCAGGGAACAAGAGAAUGAUGAUGUACCGUAACUCCAACUUUCAGAGAGACAAGCCUCUGCUCAUUGAGAACAUUCAGAAAAGAGGCGACCUGAGAAUUAUUGCUCGGCCUGGGACCAGCACAACAACUCCAAAGAGAAAGAAGCAGGUAGCAGCUACGAGGCGCUCCCCAUGAAUCCAUCGCAAUGAACCCACCAAAGCAGCUGACAGAAAGGCCCAAAAGGAAGUGCCAAAAGCUCAGGGACCCAGUGACACCUGGUGGUUCUUGUGUUCUGAUAUCUGUUCUGUGAGAUGUGCCCUGGAAAAUGGUCGCCGAAGUGAGCCAGGCAGCCCAAGUGGGGAGGGCACGUCCAGGAAUAGUAUGUUUGUGCCCCUGGCUACUGCUGGAAGGGAGGGCGCAGGGGAACCACCCACCAGCCCCCCACAUUACCCAGAUCAUGAUUCGGUGAUGUCCUUAUACAACACCUGUUAUUCCAUCCUGCUGGCUGCCCUUUCAGUGAUGUCCUCAAAUGAGGCCCCUGACGAGGACGAGGAGCACAAGGGCUCCUCAGUUUACAAAUGUGUAGUUUGUCAGCACUGCAAGGACAAUCCAGGUCCCUAAACUCACAGAUCACCAGUGACAGAUAAAAACCACCAUUUAUAACCAUGAUGCGAAACUCUGAGGGAGUAAAUAAACAACCUAAUGAGAAUUGUGACUCGGUGUUCUUUCUAACUUGCGAUACUACACACAGCUCAUCAGAUAAGCCUGAGGAGGCUGGGAAUCCGGGCCCCAAACAGGCUUUGGUCCCCGGUGUCCUCUUUGAUUUGAAGAACCAGCAUUUUCACACAUUCAGCCAAGGACUUGGCUAGGGAGUAUCGAGGCAAGCCCAGGAAGAUCUUGUUCCCUGAGCCUGGCCUGGUGGUCAGGACACAGAACAGCCUGACUCGUGACCUUGGGGCUAUCGCCUUACACUAUUCAUGUAUCUUGAAACAGAAGGGUCUUUCCUCAUGGGUCCCCCUAAGAUGCC